CUUCCGGCUUGUCAAGCGUUAACUGUUGCUUCCGGCUCGUACAGCCGUCACCAGUGAGUCCACCAGUGAAACUAAGUCUUGUUUACUAUUUGUGAUAGCUGCAGUGUGUUAUGUGCCAACACUGGUAAGGUGAUUAGGAUGAUGGAUGUCACAUUCAGAGUUAAAGCUGUCACAGAACCUGGACAGAUUGUUUGUGUUGUUGGAAACAACGGGACACUUGGCCAGUGGGAUCCACGCCAUGCCAUUACUCUGAAACAGGAAGAAAAGGACCUAUGGAGUCGCUGUGUGGCCAUGGAUGUAAAAGAAGAAAUAUUGUAUAGAUACAUGAUAUGUCAUGAUGGAGAAUCACAUCAAAAUGGCCACACAAUGCAAGUGGUCAAAUGGGAGGCCAAUAUAAAACCAAGAGUUUUAUGUCGAAAAGAUUUUGCUGCUGAGUCCAGAAAGAUUGCUUCAGGUACUGCUGUGUUUGGGGAAUAUGAUGAUAUGGAGAAUGUUGUGAAUAAUGGAUGGUUAAUGGACCAGACUGAGAUCCACAUAGAACUGAGAGACAACCCGAUACAGAUGCUGAGCUCAAGGCACCAACAGCAGACAUACCGCGUCAAGUGUACACCUCUAGACUACACACACAGCAAGGAUAUAGAGAAUGGCCAUGAUGGGGAUGAUGAGGAGGCUUCAUUUGCAACAUCAUCACAGUGCACAGUCUCUGUAGCAGCAUUGAAGGAGGGACAAUGCCGGCGACAUGCCCAGUCAGACUGUGGAGAAGUGUUUCUCAGGGAUGAUUUCCUUAUAUUUGCAUGUCAGUCUACAGAUCCAGAAAGCUUGGGUUUCCAGCUUGAUUUUUAUGUACAUUACGAAGACAAACCUGCUAAACAUGUCGGCUAUUCCUAUAUUCUACCUGUAGAUACUAGUACGACAAAAUCAUCAAAAGUGAUUCCUAUCAGUGGCCUUAAACAUAAACCUAUUGGAAAACUUAAUGUGUCCUACUUUGUGGCCAAGCCAGUGGCAGAUCUGAAAAUGUUGAUGGAUGUGUCAUAUCAGAGUUACUGGGGGAAAGACGCCAAGAGUGUGGACGUGGGACACCGUGGUCUGGGCAGCUCCUACAAACACAAGAAUCUGGCUGCCGUCCGAGAAAACACAAUUGCCUCACUGAUGUCUGCUGGGAGCCAUGGUGCUGACUACGUUGAGUUUGAUGUGAUGCUCAGUAAAGAUAUGGUACCUGUGAUAUUCCAUGACUUUCAUGUCUGUAUUACCUACCGAAAGAAAAAGAAGGAACACCAGUUACUGAAAGUAGGAGUUAAGGAUCUCAGUGUGUCAGAGCUACAAUCAAUGAAGCUUGCUGAUAAGACAGCGUUAUGUGAUGAUAAUCAUGAUAUGGAUGGAGAAGAUCUGGAUCAUAUCCAUCACCAACCUUUCCCCACACUACAGGAAUGUUACCAACUUGUAGAUGAAAAACUGGGCUUCAAUGUUGAAAUAAAGUUUCCCCAGCAAAUUAUGGGAGGACAGUGGGAAGAUGAAAACUUCUGGGAUAGGAACCAAUAUGUUGACAUUGUACUGAAAAAUACCUUUGAGUACGCUCGUGGUCGUAAAAUCAUCUUCUCCAGCUUUGACCCUGAGACCUGCAUUCUUCUGCGACUCAAACAGAACCGAUAUCCAGUACUGUUUCUGACAAAUGGAGGUGCCCAGUGUUAUACACCCUACAGCGACAUUCGUGAACAGAGUAUACCGAUGGCUGUGUACUUUGCCCAGUUUGCUGAUAUUUUGGGUAUUGAUGUAUGUACAGAGGUACUGCGUUCACGACCAGAAAACAUCCAAGAAACCAAGGCAGCGGGACUUGUUCUGUUCUGUUGGGGUGAAGAUACCAACAACACUGAUACUAUCCGUAGCUUACGUGAACAGGGAGUUGAUGGCAUCAUAUAUGACAGGUGGAUUGUACACAAGUUGACAUCAGAACAUGUGUAUGAAUUGUCCCAAGACAGUUCAUCUAUCCAGCAGUGCUGACCAUGGAUGGAUCUGAACAGACCAAGAUCUUAUGUACUCCAAAACAGAAAGAAUGAAGUGUGAUAAGCAGAUACUUGUACGCCUGGGAAAAGGAACACAGAGUUGAGAUGUAUACAUGUAUUUGGUAAAUCUACAAAUUUAUGAGAGUGACCAUACUGGUGACUUACAGCUCACAGGGGACGUAAACAGGUUAACUAGCCCAAAAGAUGGAAUUGAUAUAAAACAUAGGCAUCCAAGGAACUGACUGGACUUAAGGAAGAUGUUAAUUUUCUAGAUGUAGUUAGUUUGCUGAGAAGGGAUGGACUAAGAGUGUUAAACCAAGACUUUCACUUCAACAAGGAUGAAUUCUGGGUAGCUUAUUCAUUUUCAGAAGAACAAUCUGGAAUGUUGAGUCACGUUAAACAAACAUUUACACAGAAAUCUCCCUCUAAAUGACUUGUUGGUGUUCAAAGUGAAAACAGUUUACGUUAAGGGAGAUAAAUGUCAGUGCACAUACAUGUUUGUGAUAAUUUUUAUUUAAAGUAGUGCUUUGGUUUUUAAAGCAUUGUGCUGAGUGAUGAUUGUGCUGUGGUGUAUGUGGCAAUAAUGAGUUUAACAGUCUGUGGUUAGGACACCCCAUUGCUCACUCUCUACCUCCAAUCAAAACUGCCAAAAGAUCUACUUCUAUAUUUUUGGUGUUAGGAAAGUGCUUAACAAUUUGAACUCGUCUCCCUAUGUUUAAACACCUAAUUGUAUAUUUACUAGUCUAAUUUAAGUAGAGGAGUGCUUCAAUUUAUUGUGAUCAUUUUCUCACACAGAGUGUACUUAAACAUAUAAAUAGAAAUAGUUAUUUUCUCAAACAGAAGUGAAGAAAAUAAGGUCAUUGUGGUCAUUUUGUGGGGCAAGUAUGUCAAUUUCUUUUAUCGAUAGAUCUAAGGAUCAAGAUUAAAGAUUAAGGAAAUAAAAAAGCGUGGAUUCUUCUAAACCAGGUUAGAUGUAUUAAACUAGGUUUCAUCUAACAGCUAAGUAUAUUUGAUUAAACCAGAUUAGAUAACAACAGGCCAGAUUCUACUAAACCAGGUUAGAUGUUACACUUAAGGUUCUACUGAAUGAGGUUAAAUAUAACAGGCCAGAUUCUACUUAACCAGGUUAGAUAAAGCAGACCAAAUUUUACUAUACCAGGUUAGAUAAAACAGACAAAAAUCUACUUAACCAUGUUGGAUGCCUUCAAAUAUUUCCAUACAGUCUCCUUUGGCUCAGGAUGCUACUUUUCUGCCUAUCUUUUCUAACUUAUUUGACUAACAAUUCCUAACUAUCAAAGUCUUUAAAGGAUAUGUUUACACAGAGUUCUGUUAAAGUGUGUUGUUGCCAUUCCAAUAUUGUUCAUGUUGGGACAUAUCUGUUUAUUUAUAAGUUAUGUUUCAGUGGUAAUUUGUGCCGAUGUUUUUCUGUUGAUGUGUAUUUUAUCAUCAUAUUUUAUUUUAGUCCAUGUAAUGGGUUAACAGUACUGUGAUACAAUAUUUAGUAAUAUAUAGCCAUUUAUAUAGAAGCGAAUCUCGGCAAAACUAUGUACUGGUCAUAUUACCUAAUUUAUAUAUGCAAAGUAAUAAAAUACUGGUAUAAUUUUAUACCUGUUACAUGAAACACAUUUAAAAUGGCAACUUUCAAGUUUUGAAAUGCUUUUAUGAAAGUCAGUUUGUAUUUCAUUUAUGGAUUAUUUCACAAGCAUGCUUAACUGUAUAGAUAAUACAUGGUCAAGGUCUUAAAAAUCAGUGGCGAGCCUCUGUCGAUCAACUUUUGAUUUUUUUUGUCCCGAGCCAAAAUACAGCUGAUAUUUUAAGACAAUUACCACAAUUUAUAUUUAUCCUGCAACAUUGAAUUGACUGAAAAUCAGACCAUGAAAACUUCAGCACUUUUUUGUUCAAUCUUUGUUUACCUGUCGUUGACUUGCAUUACGCUGAAUUUUGCCUAAUGAUGUGCGCCAAAAUAAUUACAUUGUACAGAUAUGCAAUUCCAAAAUUCAAUGGAUACGACUGUGUUUUUAUGAAUUUUUGUUAUCUAUAUUAUUAAAGGUAAUUUUAAAGUAGAUCCAGAGAGUAAUUCUGUUGAAUUACCGCACACGCAAAAAAUAGUUGUUUUCUGUCAAUGCCCAAUACAGUCAAAAUAUACAUGUAUGUGGCAUGCGUAUUGAAAAUGGCAGUGCCAUUUGCAGGAUAACUUUGUAUAUUAGUAGAUAUGAUAAAAAAUAAGUACUUGCAACGGAAUAGAUAAGAUCAAAUAACAAAAGUACAAGACUGUCUUGUGGAACAAAACCGGAAAGCUAUUUGGGGCAGUCUUAUGUUUUCUUGUUUUGUCUUAUGUUUUACAUAUAUAUAUAUUGUUCAUUAGUUAAAUGUGCUCAUGGUCCAUUUUAGUGAAGAAGUUUAUAGACAAUGAAGUUUAUAAAUCAAAAAUUAUUUUGUGUAUUUAUUGAGUUCAUCUAGAGAAGGUUAUUUUAAAUACAUAUGUACAACUCGUGAUCUUUUCAUAAAGGUGCUAUAAUAUUUGCCCCAUUACCUGAAAUUUUUUUCUCCGCAUUUUUUUCGUUACAGAAUUAUCAUAGCCUUGUUUUUUGUUUUCUUUUGAAUUUUUUUUUCUCUUUUUUUUUCUUCAAAUAAUUUUCAAAACUUUACAAACAAGUGAAAUAUCAAAGAUAGCAAUACAUUAUAUGCAUGUAUAUGAAUUUACCAUAUACCUACCCCAAAAAUUGAAAUCUGUUGGGUUCAUUUUGAUGGAUACUGGAAAAAGAAAAAUAUGUUGUUCAAUUGAUACUUUUUACACAAUGUUUUUACAGAGAUUUGCUUACAGAGUUGGGCAAGCCAACAUUGAGCUGUCAUUUGAGUGUUAAAUAUAUAUACAGAGUUUGAAAAUGAGAUAAGUAUAUAUACAUUGUGUUGAGAUAUGCUACAUUAUUGUGCAUAUGGCAAGGGUUCGAGUAGUUUCCUAGUUACAAGCUAGUAUGUUUAUAUAAUCGUAUUUUAAAUUUAUUUUUAAACAGCAUCCUUAUGCAUUGUAAAUGUGUUGUACAUUUCCUAGGUUUACUGUUGAUUUUAAAGCAUAUUUUUUUCUUAUUCAUAUAACCUGGUAUCGUGAUAACCUGAAAUAAACUAUA